CCCGGGCUGCUGGGGCCCCCAGCUUAUUUUAUUCUCUUUUUUCUUCUUCUGAAUCAUCGGGUACCUACGCAUUCAAUCCCAUUACACGCACCCUCAAAACACUCACUCAGAGGCAAAACCAUAUCUGGGCUUUUUAUUUAUUCAUCGCAAUUGUGUUUUCUGAUACCUUUACUUCUUGAAGAUAUCCAAUCUCAGAUCUAAUCCAAAUUCUGGACUUCAACUAAAGUUUUUCCGAAGUAUAGUUUUCUUUCUGAGUUACUUUGUUUAGCUUCCUUUGUCGGUCAAAAUUGUGGAACUGCAUUAUCAAUGGCCCGGUUAUGAGAUCGUGUUCAUGAUUUAAGAAGAUCUGUCGUGGAAGGGCAAACUGAAAGUUAUCUUGGGAGGGUACUCAAGCUACAUAAAUGAUGAGGGGUAGAGCAGAUGGAGCACCAAGGAAGCGCUUAUUAACUUCCGUCAGUAUUGUGGCAGUUCUUUUGGUUUUCCUGUAUGUAUAUUUUGGCUCUAAGAGCGGCGGUGAGUCUGCCCUGGAGUAUGGAAGCAGGUCCUUGAGGAAACUUGGUUCUUCUUAUUUGGGAGGAGAUGAAGAUGGUGAUCUUGGAACCAAGCAGGAUGAUUCUGCCAAGUUUUCUCUGGAAGAUGGAGAGGAUGGAUUUGUUGCAAAGACUUUCCCGGUUUGUGAUGACCGUCAUUCAGAAUUAAUCCCCUGUCUGGACAGACAUCUCAUAUACCAGAUGAGAUUAAAAUUGGAUUUAUCCUUAAUGGAGCAUUAUGAAAGACACUGCCCGUUGCCUGAAAGGCGAUACAAUUGUUUGAUUCCUCCUCCUUCAGGUUACAGGGUUCCUAUUAAGUGGCCAAAAAGUAGAGAUGAAGUUUGGAAAGCAAACAUACCACACACACAUCUUGCACAUGAAAAAUCUGACCAGAACUGGAUGGUUGAGAAAGGUGAAAAAAUUGUGUUUCCAGGAGGAGGCACACAUUUUCACAACGGAGCUGAUAAGUACAUAGCAUCAAUUGCAAAUAUGCUGAACUUUUCCAACAAUAAAUUGAAUAAUGAAGGAAAUAUACGCACAGUUCUUGACGUUGGCUGUGGUGUUGCGAGUUUCGGAGGCUAUCUUCUUUCAUCCAAUAUAAUUACCAUGUCAUUAGCACCUAAUGAUGUACAUCAAAAUCAGAUACAGUUUGCAUUAGAAAGAGGAAUUCCUGCUUAUCUUGGUGUUCUUGGGACGAAGAGGCUUCCUUAUCCAAGCAGAUCAUUUGAAUUUGCUCACUGUUCUCGUUGUAGGAUUGAUUGGCUGCAGAGGGAUGGAAUCCUUCUUCUUGAGUUGGACAGGCUACUCAGACCUGGAGGCUAUUUUGCUUAUUCAUCUCCUGAAGCAUAUGCACAAGACGAUGAGGAUUUGAGAAUCUGGAGAGAGAUGAGUGCACUUGUGGAACGUAUGUGUUGGAGAAUAGCUGAAAAAAGGAAUCAAACUGUCAUUUGGGUCAAGCCUUUGACAAAUGACUGUUAUAUGGAACGACCACCUGGUACUCAACCCCCUCUUUGCCAGUCUGAUGAUGAUCCUGAUGCAGUGUGGGGAGUCAAAAUGGAAGCUUGCAUUUCACGUUACUCAGACCAUGAUCAUAGGACUAGGGGUAGCGGUUUGGCCCCUUGGCCUGCUCGACUGACUGCUCCACCUCCACGCCUUGCUGAUUUCGGUUACUCAAGUGAAAUGUGGGAAAAAGACAUGCAACUUUGGCAGCGGAGGGUUGAGAAUUACUGGAAUCUUUUAAGUCCAAAGAUUUCAUCAGACACUCUGAGAAAUGUGAUGGACAUGAAAGCGAAUAUGGGCUCAUUUGGAGCUGCUUUGAAGGACAAAAACGUUUGGGUGAUGAAUGUUGUGCCUGAAGAUGGUCCUAACACGCUUAAGCUUGUGUACGAUAGAGGGCUUAUUGGCACAAUCCAUAACUGGUGUGAAGCCUUCUCAACAUACCCUAGGACUUAUGAUUUGCUCCAUGCUUGGUCUGUGUUCUCUGAUAUUGAGAAGAAGGGUUGUAGCGGUGAGGAUCUGCUGCUUGAAAUGGAUCGGAUACUAAGGCCUACUGGAUUUGUUAUCAUCAGGGACAAACAACCGGUUAUUGAGUUUGUAAAGAAGUACAUGGGUGCGAUGCACUGGGAAGCAGUUGGAACAGCUGAUUCCACUUCUGAUCCAGACCAGGAAGGAGAUGAACUCGUGUUUGUCAUCCAAAAGAAGCUGUGGUUGACUAGUGAAAGUUUGAGGGAUACAGAAUAGGCAAACAGUGUGGUGCACCUCAAUUGUCUUCUAUAUCCACACGCUCCCAUCUCUUUGGAUUCAAGAAGGACGUCCUGAGAGCAUGGAAAUCAGUUUUUUACUCUGUAGCAUUAUGUGAUGAUGAUUUUUCUAAAUUUUCUCUUCAGCUUUGAUUUUGAUUUAGUUGACAAGGCAUAGACUUCUGCACCUAUAGGCAAUUCUUCAUUGUUUUGAUAUCAAUAGAUUUUGAGUUAUUUUGAAGCCACUUUGCCAAUGACCAAUAAUCUCAGCUGCUAUACAUGCUAAAAGUGGCUUCAAUUUAGUUGAUUAAGGGUAUUUGCUCACUGAUUCAUUACAACUAUGCUAUUUAGCUGUUUCAAGUGGAUCCAGCACUAAUACAGCAAUCAAUAUUUAUCCUAAGUGUUUAUA